GUUGCACCUGAUGAAACGAUUGACCUUUCUCUCGUAUUUGUAUAUCAUUAGUGUACAUGCUCAACUUUUUGAUGACAACCCUUUUUUACAUACUGAAAUACAUACAGCAUCUCCUUUUGCAGAAACUGGUACCAUGAUUCAAACUGGACGAACAGGUGUCACCGCUAUGCAUGCUACACUCUUAAAUGAGAACAAUAUUCUUAUUAUAGACAAAGCUGAAUGGAAUGAAGCACAGUUGGAUUCUGGUAUUAGUGCAUACUCUUGUGAAUAUCAUAUCGACACCAAUACAUAUCGAACGUUGGCAUUGAAAACCAAUACUUUUUGUUCAGCAGGUGGUUUCCUUGGUAAUGGAACAAUGAUCAGCACUGGUGGAGCAGAAGGUGUAGGAAAGUGGGGACUUAAGGCAAAAAAAGGACAUCAAGCAGUACGACAUUUUGAACCUUGUGAUGAUAAUACUUGUGAAUGGCAAGAAUAUGCAAUCAACCGGAUGACAAGUGAUCGAUGGUAUCCUACUGUAGAGCAACUUCCAACUGGUGACAUUUUUAUUAUUGGUGGAAGUACGGUUGGAACUAAAGUGAAUCGAGAUGAAAUCAAUGUACCUUCUUACGAAUUUUGGCCACCACGACAACAAGGUCAAGUCCAUUUCCCAUUUUUAGAAAAAGCUACUAUGCCAUUCAACCUAUACCCAUUUGUCUUUUUACUUCCUGAUGGUCAUCUUUUUAUAUUUGCAAAUACCAAAUCCAUCAUCUUUGACUAUGAAAAUAACAAAAUUGUAAAGCACUUACCGGAUAUGCCAGGUGUACCAAGAUCAUAUCCUUUGACGGGUGGAGCAGUCAUGUUACCUUUGGAUCCAGCGAAUAAUUACAAUGCAGAAAUCUUGGUAUGUGGAGGAUCAGAACGUAUGAAUACAAACAGUCGAGCUGACGAUACUUGUGGACGCAUCAAUCUUGGCGAUGAUGAACCAAUAUGGGAAAUGGACACUUUUGUUUAUCCUCGUUUGAUGCCUGAUGGGGUACUUUUGGCAGAUGGCUCUGUGGCGUGGGUCAAUGGGUGCAAACGUGGAUGGGCUGGAUACAAGCAACGCAAUCAUGUUCCUACCUUUGAUCCUGUGAUCUAUCAUCCUGAACAGCCUUUACAUUCAAGAUGGCAAACUGGUUUAGCCAACACCACUAUUGCAAGAAUGUAUCAUUCGGUGGCACUGACACUUCCAGAUGGUCGUGUAUGGAUUGCUGGUUCCAACAACAAUGAUCCUCCUGAUAUCAAUGCUGAAUAUCCUACAGAAUUCCGUGUAGAAUACUUUUCUCCUCCUUAUCUCUAUCAAGCAACUCCUCCUCGACCUCUUGUAUCACAUGUCCCCUCUCGUAUGGCGUAUGGUGAAUCUUAUGAAUUUUUAUUGAAUGCAGGUAGCAAUAUCAAAAGUGAUGAUAUCAAGGUCGGACUCUUACGUACAGGGUUCAGCACUCAUUCUUUACAUAUGUCUCAACGAUAUGUGGUUUUGGAACAUACAUUACUCCAUCAAGGUCAAGUCAUCCGAGUUCAAGCACCACCAAAAGCAACUCUCUUUCCUCCUGGUACUGGAUUUCUCCAUGUCGUCCAUCAAGGUGUGCCUUCCAAAGGUGUACAGAUCAAUGUCCAGCCUUCCAGAUGAUAGAGUUUAAAUGUUUGAUUAGGGCUAGCAUAUAUCUAGUUUUAGUUUGGUAUCACGAUUCCCUUAUUUGAUUUAUGGAAUAAAUGAUAUUUGAACCUCA